AUUGGCAUGGUUGAAACAUUGAAGACAGAUUGGUCAGUACUGGUGUUCUGCAUAUCACAGGCUGCCCGGUAGCGAGGUCCACGGAUUGCCUGCCUUUGUUUGCCAGCGUGCAAUGUGCAUGCCUGGUUAGACGUGCGCCGAAUACACUGACUUCUUCCACAACCCCUUAUCCCAUGACCCAACCUAUUAAUUAACCCGGGCGAACCGCUACUACGCCAAGUCUAGAUACAUCCAGUUUGGCAUCCUCGGCCUCACCUACUUCCGCCAUUUCCCAUCAGCGGCGCACCAAAUACUACAUCCAAUCCUGCACAACUGGAAUUGCGAGCCGUCUUUUGCUAUGUCACCAAUCACAUACAACAUCGGUUCCACAAAUCAAUCAGUCUAUUUAUCCGCGUAUUUGUCUCCCCCACCAAUACUCCGACUGCUGUUUACAUAUCCUCUGUCAUUAAACUUGAAGAAUGUGUAUGUGAUCGGGAUGGCAGGGAUUGAGGAAGAAGGUAUCUCUUUCAUCGGGGGAACAGACCUAGCAGACUGCACCCUCGAUCCAUUCUCAUCAUCAAACUUCACACUUGACCCAGAUGUUCAAGCCGUACUUUGUGGCUCAGACCUCAGCGUAAAGUAUACCAAGCUAUCAAAAACUUUCCAACACCUCACACGAAACCCCGGCUGCCAAUUCUCGGUCACAAAUGAAGACAGCACAUUCCCGAGCGCGGAUGAUCGCUUGCCUGGAGCUGGAGAAGGAUCCGAUAAGUAUCGGAAAACCCGCAAAGACGAUGUUGGAUUAUAUUCAAGCCAACUUGUGGUGCUUUUCAUCAAUGCGCUUUUUGACAGGGUGAAAUUCGAUCCGAAACGCACGAUAAUGGUCGGAGAUCGCUUGAACACUGAUAUUUUAUUCGGACAAGCUGGAGGUCUUGCGACGCUCCUUGUUCUGACGGGCAUCACAUCGAAGCAAGAUAUCACCGGCCCACAUGCUUCACCAAUAGUACCCGACUACGUCACCCAGUCUAUCGGAGAACUUCGCAUCCUCGAUGGAAAAUAG